AUGGCCGGCAGCCCUAAUGAAGAUGCAGAAGGAAGCAGAAUCACCUAUGUGAAAGGAGACCUUUUUGCAUGCCCCAAAACAGACUCUCUAGCCCACUGUAUCAGUGAGGAUUGUCGAAUGGGUGCUGGGAUAGCUGUCCUCUUCAAGAAGAAAUUUGGAGGGGUGCAGGAACUGUUAAAUCAACAAAAGAAAUCUGGAGAAGUGGCUGUUCUGAAGAGAGAUGGGCGAUACAUAUAUUACUUGAUUACAAAGAAAAGGGCUUCACACAAGCCAACUUACGAAAACUUACAGAAGAGUUUAGAGGCCAUGAAGUCCCAUUGUCUGAAGAAUGGAGUGACAGACCUCUCCAUGCCCAGGAUUGGGUGUGGUCUUGAUCGUCUGCAAUGGGAAAACGUAUCCACAAUAAUUGAGGAGGUGUUUGAGGGAACAGACAUCAGAAUUACUGUGUACACACUCUGA